AUGUAUUAAAUAGUUGUCCUUAUUGGAGAUUCUGGAGUAGGAAAAAGCAAUCUUUUAUCACGAUUCACAAGAAAUGAAUUCAAUUUGGAAAGCAAGAGUACAAUUGGAGUGGAAUUUGCUACACGGAGUAUCCAAGUAGAUGGGAAAACUAUAAAGGCUCAAAUUUGGGAUACUGCUGGGCAGGAACGAUACAGAGCAAUCACUAGUGCAUAUUAUCGUGGUGCAGUUGGAGCCCUUCUGGUAUACGAUAUUGCAAAACAUUUAACCUAUGAAAAUGUUGAACGAUGGCUAAAAGAACUUAGAGAUCAUGCUGAUCAAAAUAUUGUAAUAAUGCUUGUAGGGAAUAAGAGUGAUCUUCGUCAUUUAAGAGCAGUACCAACAGAUGAAGCUAGAACUUUUGCUGAGAAAAAUAAUUUAUCAUUCAUUGAAACAUCUGCUUUGGAUUCUACAAAUGUGGAAGCAGCCUUCCAACAAAUACUAACAGAAAUUUACCGUAUAGUUUCACAAAAGCAGAUCAGAAAUGAUACUGAUAAUGAUCCGUCACCAACAGGAGAUAACAUUAAGCCUAUAACCAUUCCUCCAACCGAUAGCUCUGAUUUGCGUAAAAAACAAUGCUGCCAGUCAUAGAUAGCUAUUAUUUUUGUGAAGGCAUAGUUAAUGCACAGUAAUUAUUCCUCUACUUUUCACUUUUGUGACUAUUAAUGAAGGGUACUGUUUCUAGCAGAUUGUUCAGUUUGGUUUCCCGAGCAAUUCUAAAUUGCCACUUAUAAAGGUGAAAGGUGGAGUUUUCAUUUAAUGUAAGAAUAUUUUUUCGUAAUUAUUUUUGCAUGGUUGAACUGUCCUAACUUUACUCGUAAUUGUAAAAUACAAAACCCAUUUCAUUGUAUGGUGAUUGCUAUAUUUGAUGUCUCACGUGUAAUCGACAGAAAUUUCCGUAGACGAAAGAUUCACGCAUCAUUGUUAAGUGGUAAAUUUUUUUUAGAACAGACCAAAUGUAAGCUUUAUAUUGUUGUAUCCAAAUUUUCUUUGAAAUAAUAAUCUAAGCUUCAUAUUAGUAUCUGGAUGGUUUCGACUAUGUUUUAAAUACUACAAGAGAUCGGUCGAGAUUUGCUUGCAAGAUAAAUAUACUUUAAAAAAUUUUUGUAUUCUAUGAAAAUCCUGUAAGAUUCAUAUCAUCUUCAGUGGGAUAGAUUAUCACUAUUGUACAGCUUCAGUACUGAAUUUUGUUUUUCUUCCAGGUCUUCACAAUGAACAUUCUUCAAGAUGACUAUAAAUUUGUUAAAUUUAAGAGGAAUUUGAUUACUUCAUAUAUAAUAUAAAACUUGUUCAUAGUUGUACAGUGGAAAACUUGUUUUCUGUCACUAUUUGUCAAAAUUGAUACCUUUUUAUAAUUCAUACUUUUUUGAUUUUAUUAUUACUAUUAUAUAUAUAUGUAUGUGAAAAUAUAAUUGCAUCCAAUUUAGAUGAAAGAUUUAACGACUUAAGAAAUCAACAUAAGAAUAGAUCUGAUUUUGAUGAUGCACUGUAAUUUGUGAAUUGAAUAAUUAUCCGAUUCAAUGUAAAGUGUGGUAUGAAAUGAACAUCUAAGAUUGUUUGUUAGAAAGAAACUAGUUUAUCUUUUCAGUUUUCCUUAUGUAGUAUUAGUGACUUUUAUCAGAUGCAUUUUAUAAAUUCAGGAUUUAAAAUAGUCUGUUGUUUAAGCUAUAUAUUAAAAUUUUUCAAAAUCCUUUUGGAUGUAAAAUAUAAAAUAUAGUUUGUUCAAAGUCCCAUUUAAAAAUAACUGACCUUGGACCAAAAGAAAACUGUAGGUAGAAAUAUAGGAUUAGACAAACUAUUUCAGUUGCAAUAUUUAUUUCAAAAUCUAUAAAUUAUAAAAUGUUUUAAUCAAAAAUUGCAGAUUUCAAAAAUCUUUGUUACUUCAUAAUAGUUUUAAUUAAUACUUAAUGAAAAUGAGACAAUUGAAUUGCAAAUAACUGCAGAAUCUGCACUAUUCAAAUGAAAUUUUUAUUUAAAACUGGCUUUAAGCAAUAAUUAAGAAGAAAUUAUUGAAAUUGAAAACAAAGUUUAACAACAGUAUAAAAAUGGUAUUAAUUUUUGUGACAUUCUUUACUCAAUAUGGAACCACAAGGCUUGCAGUGCCAAACAAAUGCUAUUCUAUAAUUAGUUGUUAAUAAUUUGAUAUUGAUUUUCCCUGUAAAUAAUUUUGUUUGGUUAGUAGAAUUCUGAUUAUAAAUAAAUAAGAAAUCAUUCCCAAAGAAAGAUUGCUUUUUCAUCUGAGAAGUUAUUUGGUUUUCUAAAGAUAAGUUUUUAAAAUUCUGCAUUUUAAACAAAUUUCACAGAUUGGAUUAUUUGUGAUUGCUGUGUAAUUAAUAUUUAGUAUUAAUUCUAAAAACAUUUCUUUUUAAAUAUGAUGAUAUAUUAUCCAUUUCUUUAGAAUAUUUUUUCAUCUUUCUAAAACUAAAAGCAUCUAACCUUUGACUUCCUAAGAAAGCAAGAAAAUAUAAGAAUGGGUGCUGGGACAAAUGUAACAAUGUGCUGUUUUUUGGAUGAUUGCAAAGGAGUGCCACAUCUGAUAUAUAUAUAAAAAAACAUACAAUAUAACUAAUAAGUUGAAUGAUUGUUUUGCUUAGAAUGUGCAAUGUGCCCGAAUGUUCAAGUAAGAAGAAAUUAGAUUGAAAAUAUAUUUGAAUGUCAUCCUUAUUGAAAAUAUAUAUAUGCUUGUGUAAUCUAUCAAUAAUUAUUUUAUGGAAUUGAAAAAUUUUAUUAUUAAUUAUCAUUAUCAAUUAUUUAAUAGAUUGAAAAAUUGAUAGAUCUACCUGAUUAUCAACAAUGUGUUCACACUAAUAAAAAAUAAUUGUUAAUUUA